UCCCCCGAGACGGGCCACCACCCGGACACUACGCGGAAGCGGAUGCCCGAGGAGGGCGCGGACCUGAGCCGAGGUGACCGCUGCUGUCCUGCAGCCUCCGCUCCUGUGCAGCCCAGGGCUGGAACUUCUGCACCUCGGGGCUAUGAGCUGUGCCAGGGGUCUAGCCUUUUCCUCUAACCCCAAUGAUGGCCGUGGACAUCGAGUGUAGACUCAGUUGCAUGGCUCCUUCCUUGAGUAGAGAGAGGUUUGCUUUCAAGAUCUCGCCCAAGCCCAGCAAACCUCUGAGGCCUUGCAUCCAGCUGGGUGGCAAGAACGAAGCUAGUGGCAUGGUGGCCCCGGCCAUCCGGGAGAAAAAGGUGAAAAAGCGAGUGUCCUUCGCUGACAACCAAGGACUGGCCCUGACAAUGGUCAAAGUGUUCUCGGAGUUCGAUGACCCACUCGAUAUCCCGUUUCACAUCACCGAGCUCCUAGACAACCUGGUGAGUCUGACGACAGCAGAGAGCGAGCGCUUUGUGUUGGAUUUUUCCCAGCCUUCUGCUGAUUACUUAGACUUCCGACACCGGCUUCAGACCAACUGCGUCUGCCUGGAGAACUGCGUGCUGAAGGACAAAGCCAUCGCGGGCACUGUGAAGGUGCAGAACCUGGCUUUUGAGAAGCUGGUGAAAAUCAGGAUGACCUUCGACACUUGGAAGAGCUUCACAGACUUUCCCUGCUGCUACGUGAAGGACACGUACGCUGGUUCAGACCGGGACACAUUCUCCUUCGACAUCAGCUUACCUGACAAAAUUCAGUCUUAUGAAAGAAUGGAGUUUGCCGUGUGCUACGAGUGCAGCGGGCAGACGUACUGGGACAGCAACAAAGGCAGGAACUACAGGAUCAUCCGGGCUGAGUUAAAAUCUGCUCAGCGAACUGCCCAGCCCCCGAAUGGAGCCGACUUUGAGAUCUCCUUGGACCAGCUGGGCAGCCCUCGGUGCUCCUAUGGCCUCUUUCCCGAGUGGCCUAGUUAUUUAGGCUACGAAAAACUGGGGCCCUACUAUUAGUGAUGACUCAGACACAGCACAAGAGGUGGUACAGGCCCUGUAGCAGCAGCCAUGGUGGGAGGGAGAAGAAGCCGAGAGCCUCGCUGAACUGUCAUUGGGCUCCAUUUGGGUAGAGGAAGGGUCCUUCCCCCCCUUUUUUUUCUUAAACCAGCCAGUCCAGCUGCAGGGAGAGCUCCUAAGUUAGGUUCUCAGUGUGAAUGCAAUGAGCUGGGUUUCUUGGCCCACAUGGCAGCCCAGAGGGUGCAGGGUAAAUUGGUGCCUGAGGGGCAUAUGCAGGGAAUCCCAGGCCACAGGCACUAGCUGGUGAGGCUGGAGGAUGGGGCGGAAUAAGUGGGAGUGUGGUCAUGGAGGGCUGCCUGGAAGAGCUGUUCCUCUUCCCCAUUGGCCAAAAAUAGAGUCACUCCAUCCCACGCCCCUGCCACCACCCGCUGGCCUCUGGCCUCCAAGUGUCCUCCCCAUUAGGCCCUUUAUCCACACAGCUGUCCCAUGUGCUCACAUAGGUCACUCUAUCUUCUGUGUAUUUUUGCAUUCUAUUUCCUUCCACCAAUCAUCUGAUCCUCUGGGGAGAUGGAAGAUCAUAAAGGCAAAUGAGCCUAGAAUGAAGACAAGCACUUCCUCGUCCCGACCUCCCCACACAAGCAGAGGGAGAAGCAAGCACAGGGCACGGGAAGGGAUGGGUACUGCCCAGCUCCUGGUUGCUGGACAGUGAGCAAACGGACACUUUCUGCUUUUCCUCUGGGCUUCUGCAGCGCUUUCUAAGUACUCUCAGCCUGAGUCACUGGCCAACUCAAUGAUGAGAUUUGUUUUAACCUGCUUGGCUGGUUUGUCUGUGCCUCUCGUGUCUUCACAAAAAAAUAAAAAAAAAGAAAGAAAGAAAGGAAAAGCUUGGAUCCCCAUCCCUGGAUCCCUGGAGAGCUGUCUUUUAGGCUAGGUGCAGGACAACUGGAUUUGCAGGUCUAGUCUGUCCUCAGAACUUGCAAGAAAAGUUUUUGUGGGUUUUGAUGAACCCCUUUACCCGCCCCCCAGUGACGGGUUUUCUUAUUUAUGCUGUGUGAGGAUGGAAAGGGUAAGGGAGUAAUACAUGUCUAAGUUGGUUCGGAUUGCUGAAGUCUUGGAUUGUUCGUUACUACAUUGGACUCAAGAAUUAAAAGCCAAUUACUUGCUCUACUUGAGACUGCUGGGACUUUUGUCACAUCCAUCUCCCUUGGAUUUUUCUUAGGUGAGAAUGGUUUAUAUUUGGGAGUGGUGAAUAUUUUUAUGUGUGUAUUUUCCGAACAGGGAAUUUGGGUCUUUGAGGUUUCUGGGUUUUGAGUUUGGUAAAAUAACUGACUUGCUUUCCUUUGGCCCGAUGGCCCUAAGGUCAGGACGCCUGACUGUGGGGGACAGAGGGUGGGGCAUGGUUCCUGGAUUCUGCAUACAGAGCCUACUUUGGUUUGCAUUUCCAGUCUGGUUCCAGCCCUCCCAACUUUGAGACCUUCUUAAAUCUGUUGGGGAGCACUUGGAAAGCCUCAUUCCUAUAGUUUUGUGGGGGGGGGGUGGUUCCCCCCCCUUUUAAAAAAAUUUUUAAAACAUUUUUGUCUUUUGAA